AUGCUGCUCCCCUUGCUCCUCCUCUCACUACCGGUCGCGAUCCUCGGCGUGGAGACGGCCUACGCCACCACCGAGAUCGCCAUCCUGACCGUUAUCGAGACCGUGGCCGUCCCUGCCCCCUCUGCCAGUGCCGAGGGUCCUCCUCCUGCUCCUCCUUCUUCUGGCACCACCACAGAGGAGCCUCCCCCUCCCCCGCCAUCGCCGGCCCCGACGACCCUGUCGACAUCCUUCACCACGCGCUGCGACAACGCGCUCUGCAGCGAGGGCUCGAGGUGGUGUUUCUACUGGGCCGGCGUAACGUCGUGGGACGUGUCGCUGGGCCCGAUCCCCGGCGAGACGCACACGAUACUGGGACCUGUGAGCAAUCUUUCUCUCCCGACGACAUAA